AUAUAAACUAAGCUAGGCCUUGAUUGAACUGAAGAGUAGCAAGAACUUAAGAAGGCAGAUAACUAAAUACGACAGCCGGUCCGAAUAAGCGCACGGCCCCUUGAAGAAAUAUAAUUGCCUUUUCUUGCCGAUCUAUGGCUAUUCAGCCAAUAGCUUGCAGCCAUGGCUCCUGUCGUUUUAAUAGACCUUGUUGAGUGGUACUCAGCAGACGUAAUCGAGAUUGGAAUGUUACUGUUGGAUACUAUAUUUGCUCUGAUUGUACCCCGACGAUAUUUCUGUUGGUUGACACGGCCAUUUCUCGACUUCGCCAGGCGCCACAAGGAGCAAGCUGAAGAACAAAGGCCUCAUGGCGCGAAUCUUUGCCAAUGCAUUGGAUUCGCAGCACGAUAGACAGUAAAUUAACAGGGAUGAGAGAAUGAAGCCGCAGUAGGGUAAAUA